AUGUUGCCCAAGAGCUCCUUCUUGUUGGUUACCUCGUUGCUGGCAGCUUCCGCCAACGCCGAUGGUAUCUACACCAAAAAGUCCCCGGUGCUACAGCUGAACCCAAAGACUUAUGGAUCGCUCAUUGCGAACUCAAAUCACACUUCGAUCGUCGAAUUCUACGCCCCCUGGUGUGGUCACUGUAAAAACCUCAAGCCUGCCUACGAAAAAGCUGCGCAAAACCUGAAUGGCUUGGCCAAGGUCGCGGCGAUUAACUGCGAUGAUGACGAGAACAAGCCCUUCUGCGGACAAAUGGGUGUCCAAGGCUUCCCGACCCUCAAGAUCGUGACCCCCUCGAACAAACCCGGAAAACCACGUGUGGAGGACUACCAGGGCCCACGAAGCGCAAAGGGCAUUGUUGACGCGGUAGUGGAUCGAAUCCCAAACCAUGUGAAACGGGCAACGGAUCAGGAUUUGGACAAGUGGCUGGGACAAAAUGAGGAGCGACCCAAAGCCAUCCUCUUCACAGAGAAGGGAACGACCAGUACCCUGAUCCGCGCGCUGGCGAUUGACUUCCUCGGCGCAAUUGAUGUGGCCCAGGUCCGGAACAAGGAGACAAACUCUGUGGAGAAGUUCGGCGUGGAGGAGUUCCCCGCGCUUGUCGUGGUCCCUGGCGGCGAUGCGGAACCUGCAGUAUACAAGGGCGAGUUGAAGAAACAGCCUAUCCUGGAGUUCCUGAGUCAAUUUGCCGAGCCAAACCCCGACGCUACUGGAAAGGCCGCACCCGCAAAAGACUCUAAGCCCAAGUCUAAGCCAAAGACCAAGCCAACAUCUGUCGCCGAUGAGACGGAGGAGCCCACUCCCACUCCGGAAUCUAAGCCCGUCGAGGUUCCCGUUGCACCCCCAGCUCCCACCCUGGCUACUCCCGAAGCCCUCGAGUCUGCCUGUCUGGGGGCCAAGUCUAAUACCUGUGUGCUCGCCCUUCUCCCCAAGACGAGCGAGUCAGACGCAGAGCUUUCCUCGACCGCCACCGACGCGUUGUCCAGUCUUGCCGAGAUCACGCACAAACACUCCCUGCGUGGCGCUCAUAUCUUCCCCGUGUACGCCGUUCCCGAGACCAACACCGCCUCCCACGCCUUGCGCACUGCAUUGGGACUUGAAGAUAGCCAGGACGUUGAGAUCAUUGCCGUUAACGCUCGUCGUGGCUGGUGGCGUCAGUACAGUGGCGAAGGAGAGUUCGGCGUCACCGCCGUUGAAUCUUGGAUUGACGCUAUCAGACUCGGCGAGGGCUCUAAGCAGAAGUUGCCUGAGGGUAUUGUAGCUGGGACCGAGCCCGAGCCUGAGGCCGAAAAGCCCGACGAAGUUGAGCACGAUGAGCUGUAA